UACAUUCUGAUUAAGAGUCUUCUUUGUGUGGUCCAGUUUCUCGUGGGCCACGUCCCGCAUGGACCGCAACAUGAUCACCGUGAUGACGGGCCAGGUGGUGGAGUUCUUCGACCAUGACUUCCGCGAGCUCUACGCCAUCUCGGAGAAGCUGGACCUCUUCAAGGAGUUCCACGUGAGCCCGCCGGCCAGCAGGCUCGCCACAGUCCGCUCCAAAGCGGGCCCCAAGCGGCCGCCGCUGGCCGCCGCCACCACCUCCCGCUUCCAGGUCAGCUUGGGCGAAACCCGCAACGCCAACAUCCAGGUGCCGGCCCACAAGUACUACAACCCCAAGUACUCCCUCCUGUACCCCGACGCCCCGCCGCCCGCCAGGUCUCUGCAGGGGCCCCCCAAGGGCCUGGACCUGCUGCUGAUUCCGGGAACGCCGCAAGUCACCACCAGCGAGAAGCUGGACCACCUCAGCCCGCUGCCCUCGGAGCCCGUGGAGUUCAAGAAGCCCAACGGCGUCCCGCCGGAGAAAAAGAAACUGUCGCUGAAGCACAAGUUCUCCAAAAAACUGUCGUCCAGCAAGCUGUCCAUCAACAGCACCGCCAGCAAGGCGGGCCCCGCCCCCGCGGUCUCCAACGGUCAGCUGGAGGGCGACGACAGCUUCGAGGUGACGGUCAGGUCGCCUCCAAAGUUGAAGCUGCUCAAGAGGCCGUCCGCCCUGGGACCCAGGGCCGACUCCACGCAGACCGUGGACACCACGCAGGACGCCAUGAGUGUGAAGAGUCACCGCAAGAACAAACAAGUGUGUAAAAUGUCCUGAGAUCACCUUAUGGUGAAACAAACAUUUUUAUUUUUAUUUUUUUUUGUCGUCCUUCCUCAUUGUUUACAAGCACUAAACUCACUUUUGUUGAAGAGACUUGCCGCAGUGCCUCACAGGAAGUAGUGCGGAGUGACCUUUCACAAUAAAACACCACUGUGACAAUAACAAAAGUGCCUUCUGCGUUCAGGAAAAUUAAAACUAUUUCUGGUG